AUGAUUAAAGCUAUUUUAGUUUUUAACAACCACGGGAAGCCACGAUUAUCAAAAUUUUAUCAAUACUUCAAUGAAGACAUGCAACAGCAGAUAAUCAAGGAAACUUUUCAGUUGGUGUCUAAACGGGAUGAUAAUGUUUGUAAUUUCCUUGAAGGCGGCAGUUUGAUUGGAGGUUCAGACUAUAAAUUAAUCUACAGGCACUAUGCAACACUUUAUUUUGUAUUCUGUGUGGAUUCUUCGGAGAGUGAACUUGGUAUUCUAGAUUUGAUUCAGGUAUUCGUUGAAACCUUAGACAAGUGUUUCGAGAAUGUCUGCGAGCUGGACUUGAUUUUCCACGCGGACGCCGCUCACCAGGUCCUGGACGAGCUUGUAAUGGGCGGAAUGGUGCUGCAGACUAACAUGGCGGAUAUAUUGUGCAGAUUGCAGGAGCAAAACAAAAUGCAGAAAGCUGAGGCUGGCAUAUCUGCCGCCCCCGCUAGGGCAGUUUCCGCCGUAAAGAGCAUGAACCUGCCUCAACAGCUGCGUGACAUGAAACUCCCAGACCUCCCGCAGGCAAUAAAGGACCUGAAGUUC